UGUUGCGUCAUCAGGACGUGGGCGGGGCCUCUUACCAACACGGAAACCGCCCUGUGGUCCUGACAGCCAGGCAUCCAGGAGCUGCCCUGUGGAGGAAGAUUUCACCUUGUUGCUCAGCCGUGUGGACAACCCGGACCCCACAAUGCUCUCCCGGAGGUUCCUGCUGCUGCGGUCAGCUGCUUCCUUUACAGCCAGGUCGUUCUGCACAGGGGGUGUGUCGAAGCAGGGCAGGGCGCCGGAUAUGGUUGAAGGAAAUCCACUUUUACACGUGUCUAAUGUGCGGAACAGGCUGAGAGAAAUCGUGGGAGCUUCCACUAACUGGAGCGACCACCAGCAGGCCAUGGCGGAGCGCUUGUCGCUGUCGUCCAUGUUGGCAAAGUCUCAAAGUGACCUUCCAGCCAAGAGGAUGAAGGACAGCUACCUGGAGGUCCACCUGCCUCUGGGCUCCGAGCCACAGCUCAGAGAGAAAUACCUGACCUUCCACAACACUGUCAGGUUUGGCAGGAUCCUGGAGGACUUGGACAGUUUAGCAGUCCUCAUCUCUUACUCUCACACCUAUAACGCUGCACUGAAGAAGUCUCCUCUGUCCAUCGUCACCGCCCUGGUGGAUAAGAUCGACAUGAGGCAGCACGUCAUCUAUCCUGACUGCGACAUCAAGUUCACUGGACAUGUGACGUGGGUGGGAAAAACCUCUAUUGAAGCCAAGAUGCACAUGUCACAGUUCCUAGAUGGAGCUUAUGCCCCAGUUCUGGAUGCUACUUUUGUCAUGGUGGCCCGGGAUCCAGAAAACAAGAGGGCAGCUUUUGUAAAUCCACUGAGCCCAGAAGGCCCAGAGGAGGUGAAACUUUUCCAGGAAGGAGAAGCGAACAAAACCCGCCGUGUGGAGCUGAGUACUGCGUCGUUGCUGAAGGUGGCUCCCACAAACGAGGAGAGGACGAUCGUACACAGUCUGUUCCUCAACACCCUGGACACAAAGACGGUCAGUUUCCGCAGCAGACUUCUGCCUCCAAACUCAGUGUGGAUGGAAGAUGCCAAACUGAAAGGACUGGAGAUCUGCCACCCUCAGGAGAGGAAUAUCUUCAACAGGAUAUUUGGAGGUUUUCUGAUGAGGAAAGCUUACGAGCUGGGCUGGGCCAACGCCUGCGCCUUCGGAGGAUGUCGAGCACGUCUGCUGGCUGUUGAUGAUAUCCUCUUCCAGAAACCUGUGGAGAUCGGCUCCCUGCUGCUGCUCUCAUCGCAGGUGUGUUACACACAGGGGAAAUACAUCCAGGUCAGAGUUCACACCGAGGUGUUCGACCCGCUGACCCGCCAGCACAACACAACCAACGUCUUCCACUUCACCUUCUUUUCUGACCGCGACGUCCCCAACGUCAUUCCAAAAUCAUACGGAGAGUCGAUGCUGUACCUGGACGGCAAGAGACACUUCAGUCAGACUGCGGAGAACUGAGAGCAACACGUCUGCUGCACGCCAAAGCCUUUCACCGUCUGACCAACCAGUUCUCACUGUGUGUGUGUGUGUUUUGUGUUUAUAUAUCUCGUGGGGAAUUCACACUUAAUGAUGGGGAGUCGUGUCACAGUUGGUCCCCAUGGGUAGAGACGCUUUUUAAGGGGUUAAGACUUGGUUUUAGGGUUCAGGUUAGAAUUGGGUAAAGGUUAGGGUAAGUGUUAAGGUUAGGCAUGUAGCUGUGACGGUUAAGCUUUGGGUAAGGGGCUAGUGGAUGCAUGACGGGUCCCCACGGGAAUAGAGGAACAAAUGUGUGUGUGUUAGAGGUCAGUCGAGAAGAAUGAACGCAUCCUUUUUAUAUCACGCCUUGUUAACUGUACUCGCUGUGUUCAACUGUAUUUGUUCUGUUGGUUUACAUGUUGGUGUCGAGAUGAGAACCACAGUGCAGUGUUUUGUUUUUUUUUACUCAUUCAUAUUUUACUCAGUUUUUGACGGUUGAUUUGAUUACUAGUAAGCGUUUACAGACCCAGUCGUGUUUGACUGGUGAAAAUGAAGCGAACAAUCUGUUUCCUUGCCUCAUCAUAACCUUAUAUAGUCCUGAUCAAAUGUAUGUAUGCAUGGCUUUACGGUUAAAUAAAAGUUUUAUAUUCUAUGGUCGCUUGUACGCACAAAAACUCCUUAUGUUGAAUGAGAAACUUUAUUCUGAUGUGUCAGACUGAUGCGAGAGGGAGGAGGCUGUGUUUAAGUCGUGUAUUUACUCAAAUGCAAUAAAUGAAUUUUUAUUUAUCUUCA